AUGGUGCUACUGAAGUUUAAAAAUCAAAGCGAUUAUGAAUUUGACUACGAAAAUGUUGGGAAGAUAUUUUUCUUUGAUUGGAAGCAAAUCGAAAAUCCGGUGAGUUUUCAAAACUUUUCAAAAUUCAUUUUAUCAGUCCAAAAAAAAAAUAAGCAGUCCCAAAUUUAUUUUGGGUCUGCAAAUUAUUUAUUGAACAUUUUGUGUUCUGCAAAUAAAAUUGUGACAUAGUUCAGUGGUAAAACUCUCGAUUUUGAAUCUGAGGGUGGCGAGUUCGAUUCCUCGUGCAUGCGAAUUUUUUUUUUGUUUUCUCUAUUUUUGACCAAUCAAAACCUACGUUUCUUGCAGUUCGAUAUUCUUCCAAUGGAAAUGAAAAUGAUGAUUUUCAUAAAUUUGGAUCCGGAAGAUAUAACUCAAUUUGGAAAAUGCUCAAAAAGUUGUCAAAAAUUAUUCAAAUUAUUGCGACCAAAAAUCAAAAGUGUAUAUUAUCGAGGAAAUAUAGAAAUGAGCCAUUCUCAAGAAUGUUAUCUACAAAUCCAAUUUCAUAAAUAUCCGACGAAAAUGUACCAAAUAGAAAUUGAAACAAUCAAUUCGAAAAAAUUAUCGAGAAGAAAUAAGAUGAUUGAAUGUAAUGGAAUAAUCGUCGAAACUAUUGGAUCGAAAAAAUAAAAUACGAAAGGAUGCAGAUCCAGUAUUUUACUCACAAAGUUAGUUUUUUAUUGAAAAUUUUUUUUUCAAUUGGAAUUUUUACUAAAAAGUUAUGACGUCAAACCAUAAAGACACGUAGAAUUUAUCCUAGAAAUCGUUCAAAAAUCAUUAUUUGCAUGUUUUUUAUCAUCCUUCAAACAGUGGAAGUACAUAAACAAAAUUGAAAGUCUGCCAAUUAUUUAUUGAACAUUUUGUGGUCUGCAAUUAAAAGUACUAGUGCAAAUAGUUUAGUGGUAACGCGCUGGAUUUUGAAUCUGAGGGUGGCGAGUUCGAUCCCUCUCGCACGCUUUCCUUUUUUUUUUGAGGAAUCUUCAGUCUGAGAUGAUUUUUAGGAAAAAAAUAAUGAAAGAACUUUUUUUGCUGAGACUUUCGGAUUUCGAAUCACAGUUCGAUUCCAGCGGAAGGAAUUCAUAUUUUCAGAUUCACAAUAACACCACAAUCAACAUAUCAAGAUACGAAACUACUAUUACAUCGAACAAAUCCAAAAUGGCUUCAUUUGAUUGCUUUUGAAAUAUUCAAAAAUAUAAUUGAAUUCAACAAAUCAUCGAUUGAUGAAAUUACAAUUGAAGCAAAUAGUAUUGAAUCAAUUUACAUGAGAGUGAUCGAUAUUUAUUCGGAAAACUUGAAAAUAUUGCAAAUCGAUGGAAAUUUCACAGAUCAUCCACAAUUGAAUCAAUUUCUCUCGAUUGAAUUUGUUAGCAUGAAAAAUUUCAAAAUCAGCUCGCAACAUCUUCCAAUGAUAAAAUCAAAAGAUCUUGUGUUGCACAAAACAGUUAUGGACCAAACAUUGUAUAACGAGGUUUUGACAAAAUGGAGAGAUGGUUUGAUGGAAAAUUUGAGAAAAGUUACGAUGUUUGGAGAUGAUGAUUGGUUUCAUGAUUUGUUUGUUGAUAAUACGAUUCUUAGAGUUGUGAUGAAUGAAUAUGGAGAGUUAGUACAGAAGUGAGUUGAUGCUUAAAAAUUAUUUACAAUAAAUAGGCUUAUCAGAUUUGAAGACACGUAGAGAGUUAGAAAAUCUUCAUAUUUUUGCAGCAGUGAUGAUGAAAUAAGAUGUGAAGUUGUUGGCUCGCCAUCAGUAGAUAUCAGUAUCCAAGGAGGUAUUACGAUUGAUAUGCAAUGUUUGGUUGUUCGAAUGUAUCUGAGACGAGACGAUUUUUAACAAUUAUUGUAGUUUGAGCUUUUAAAAAUAAUAAAUCAAUUGUUAUUGAAUUUGGAGUUUUUGACGCUCAGAAAUGCGUCAUUUUUAAGCCAGCAAAUCCUCUUCGAAGAAAAAUGAUGAAAAUUUUGAAUUUUUUGGAAAUAUCACUUUUCGCAGGGAAAUUUUAGAUGUAGCCUAUGAGAUGUGGAAAAUGCAAAAUUUCUCAAAAUUUCAUUUUUUAAAAUUUAUUACAAAAAUUCAAAAAUUUCAUUAAAAACUUUCGGGAUUUUUAAGCCAUUUUUUUUGAAAAUUACAAAUUUUAACCAAAUUUUAGUGCCAGAUUUCUGGAAAUUUGUCUGAAAAUGUGCAUUUUUGAAAUUUCAACAUUUUCAUUAGGCUUAGGCUUAGUAAACCACCCCAAAACCUUGAAUUUUUCAAAGAAAAAAAAAUUCCCUGAAAAUUAUACGUUUCAAAAUUAUAUCAAGAAAAUUCGGAUUUUUUUUUUCGCCGAUAAUUCUGGUGUUGUUGCAACUACGAACAUUUCGAAGGAAAUCAUCUGCAAAAUUAUAGAUGUAAAUACUAAAAGUUUUAUAAUUAUUUUGCUUACUUUGUGUUCUUUUUUGAUUUCAUCAUUGAAUUUCGUUGAUGACCAACUCAAAAUUUCCUCAUUAUUGUAUAAAAAUGUUGGGGUACUGUAGUUCGAGAUGUGUGUAGUGGCAUUUAAUCUGACGCGCACUUAUUUUUAUUUUUCGUUUUUUUUCUGGUCAAGCGUUUUUUAUGUUUUUUUGGUGUUUUUUGCGGAUUUUCCCAUCAUAUGCUGAUGGUUAUAUCUGGAAUACCAUGUGGAUGCGGAAGCUAUGCCCAAAAUUCGAUUUUUUUACAGAUUUUUUUCAAAAAAUGGAGGAACAAACUUGGGUUUGGGUUUGAAUUUGAACUUGGGUUUGAAUUCGAAUCCCGAAGCUGGAGCCCAAGCUGAAGAUGAAAUUGGUUGGAGAAUUGUCAAAAUUUGAAUUUCGCUCAAGUUUGUGAAUUGAAAGCGUGUUAUAUUUGCUUGAAAAAUCUUCGUUUAUCAACUGAGAAUAUUGAACAUUUUUUGAAAUUUUGGAAAAAUGGAGAAGUUGGGGAGAAUAUUCAAAAAGUAUUCAUGCAAACAAUCGAGGAAAUCAAUACAGAAGAGAUUUUGAGAGAUUUGGAAACUAUUGGCAAGCAUGAGAAGUGAGUUUUGGUUUUAAAGAAUUUCAAAUCUUUAAAUAAAUACAUUUAUAUUUAGCGACGAUGGAAAGAUCUGA